AUGGCAACGACGUACGCGUGGUUAUGGACGGUUCUCGCCUUCGUUCUGACAUGGAUGGUUUUUCACAUCAUCAAGAGAAAGAAGGAGGCAACAGAGGAGACAGAGGCCGAGGCAGAAGAGAGAAGAGACGGUGUCGCUGAUGUUAUCAUUGUUGGGGCGGGUGUGGCAGGAGCGGCUCUCGCCUAUGCUCUUGCUAAGGAUGGACGACGAGUACAUGUGAUAGAGAGGGACUUGAAAGAACCUGAAAGAUUUAUGGGAGAGCUUAUGCAAGCGGGAGGCCGCCUCAUGCUAGCUAACCUUGGCCUUGAAGAUUGUUUGGAGGAAAUAGACGCUCAAGCAGCGAAGUCCUUAGCAAUUUACAAGGACGGGAAACACGCGACCUUGCCUUUUCCAGAUGACAAGAAGUUUCCUUAUGAACCAGUGGGUAGUCUUUUUCGUAAUGGUCGUCUGGUACAGCGUCUACGCAAAAAAGCAGCUUCGCUUACCAACGUGCAACUAGAGGAAGGAACGGUGAAGUCUUUGAUAGAAGAAAAAGGAGUGGUUAAAGGAGUGACAUACAAGAACAGCGCAGGCGAAGAAACAACGGCCUUUGCACUUCUUACUGUGGUAUGCGACGGUUGCUACUCAAACCUUCGUCGGUCAGUCGUCGAUAAUAAGGAGGAUGUGCAUUCGUAUAUGGUGGGUUACGUCACGAAGAAUAGCCGACUUGAAGACCCACAUAGUCUACAUCUGAUCUUUUCAAAACCUUUAGUCUGUUUUAUAUAUCAAAUAACCAGUGAGGAGGUUCGUUGUGUUGCGGAGGUCCCCGCUGAUAGUAUUCCUUCUAUCGCGAAUGGUGAAAUGUCUAACUUCCUCCGGAACACUAUGGCUCCUCAGAUACCUGAAAAUGGAAAUCUCCGUGAGAUAUUUUUGAAAGGGAUCGAAGAAGGACUACCAGAGAUAAAAUCAACGGCGACUAAAAGUAUGUCAGCGAAGUUGUGUGAUAAGAAGGGAGUGAUUGUGUUGGGAGAUGCAUUUAAUAUGCGUCAUCCUGUAAUCGCGUCAGGGAUGAUGGUUGCACUCUCGGACGUUUGCAUUUUACGAAAUCUUCUCAGGCCAUUGCCUAACCUCGCCAAUACUAAGAAGGUCUCGGAGCUUGUCAGCAACUGUAAACACGCUGGCGAGUAUCUUUUCGCAAGUGCUGGUUGCUACAACGGACGAAGCAAGAGAGGGAUUGCGACAAGGCUGCUUCAGUUACCUUUGCAGUGGAGAUUUUCGAACAACCGGAAUGAUGGCUAUUCUCGGGGGCAUGAACCCUCGUCCCCUUACUCUAGUUCUUCAUCUGGUAGCCAUAACCCUCACCUCCAUGGGCUACUUGCUCUCUCCCUUUCCUUCACCUCGUCGCUUUUAGAGCCUCAGACUUUUUGGGUGGGCUUUGCAAAUGUUGGGUGCACAUUUAGUGGAUGA